UACAUUAACUUACACUGCGUGCGGACCAAUCACAAGCACGAGCUUUCGAGUGAAAUCGUCUUUCGUCGGUUCUGUCUCUGGUCAACCCAAUUUUCGCGCCCAGCCAGCGUUCAUUUUGAUAAUUCCUUGUUACUGAGAACUUUGCUGUGAUUUUUUGAGGAAAUUCUUCCGCAAGUUUUUAACAAGUGUUCUGAAAAAGCAGUUUUUAUUGCUAUUAAUCUUAAUAUUUUCAAUCAACUAUAGAGAGCUACUCGGAUUUAGUGUGAAUGAUGGAAUCUGUGAUAAUGAAUCCCCUGAUUUGUGGCAUAUGCCAAAAGGAGUUCAGCAGUAUUUCUGUAAAGAAUAGACACCUUCGGCAAAUUCAUAAUGAGGACAUUCAAAAGGACAAGAAUCAACAUGUAUUGUGUUGUCUUUGUCCUGCUGAGAAUAGAGAAAAGUUCUCCAGUUACAAAAAUUAUGAGAAUCAUUUGAAAUCAAUUCAUGAUAUAACCGUGAAAGAAAGUAUUUUUCAUUUUAGGAGUAGUGAACACUUUGAGGCAUGGAGAGGACAAGAGAACAGAGAUGUGGAUUACGCUUUUAUUAGGACUUGUAAAACAACCAAAGGAGAUACACUCGCAUAUUACAAUUGCAACAGGAGUAAUCAUAGAGGAUACGAAAGUGUUUGUGAGAAACGAAAGAGAAAGAUCGCAGGUAGUAUACAUAUUCAGGGAGUUUGUCCUUCACGAAUAAUAGUCAAAAUUUCAACAGAUGGCUUGUAUUCAGUAACAUUUGUUGAAACACAUGUGGGGCAUGAUGAUGACCUUAGAACAAAAAGACUUUCAAAAUUGCAACAGAACCUUCUGGUCGAAAAGUUGUGUGCUGGAAUACCAAAAGAGAGAAUAAUGAAAGAUGCUAGGGAUACAGUGCAAAAUGGAGAAUUGGAAAGAUUCAAUAUUAUAACAAGAGCAGAUUUAGCAUAUUUGGUGAGAAAAUAUAAUAUAAACAAAAUAAGGCAUGAUGAUGAUAUGGUAGCAACAGCUCUGAAAGUUAAUGAAUGGAAUCAGCAAGGAAAAAAUUUUGCAUUUUUAUUCAAAAAAAUUGGUGAACCUUACCCUGGAUUGAGGGAUGAGGAUUUUGCAUUAGGUUUUAUGAAUGGCAUAAUGGAGAAAAAAAUUAGAGAUUUCAAAAAUAUUAUAUGUGUAGACGGAACUCAUGGGACAAAUAGAAAUAAUUGGGACCUAACAAUAGUAUUGGUGAAGGAUGAAAAUAACAUGGGUUUUCCUGUAGCUUUCCUUUUAUCUAAUAGAUUGGAUCAGACGAUCCAAGAACAUUUUUUUUCAGCUCUCAAGUUGAGAUUAGGUGGAAUAGUAGAUUGUAAUUUUUUUAUGAGUGAUGACGACCCAAAGUACUAUAAUGCAUGGGUCAAAGUAAUGUCUUCCGAGCAGAAACCAAGAAGACUGCUAUGCACAUGGCACAUAAUAAAAAAUUGGAAUCUACAAGGAAAAUCGAAAAUUAGGAAUCCUGAAAUAAAAAAACAAAUGAAACAGGCGAUGAGGAAGAUUUUGAAAGAGACUGAUUCUAAAAAAUUUACUGAAUUGAAAGAUCAUUACUUCAAUUUCUUAGAAAGGGAAGGAGAAAAUGAAUUUCUGAAAUACUUGCAAAAUUAUUAUUUCCAAACUGAAGAAAGGGUGAUGAUGUGGGCCCACUGUCAUCGAUUGAAUGCUGGCAUAAACACAAAUAUGGCUAUAGAAAGUUUGAACAAAGUUCUAAAAUAUAAUAAAAUGAGAGGUCAACGUAAUCUGAGGGUUGAGAAACUAUUGGAUUUAUUAGAUGAACUGGUAGAAGAGAAAAUGUGGAAAAAAAUAAUAAAUGAAGAGAGACCCAAUGCAAACAACUACCAGCACAAGAUCACAGUGGAAGCACAUAAAAAAGCUGAACAAAUGAAUAUCAGUAGGAUAGAAACACAUGAAUUUGGAUAUUUUAAGGUCCCUUCUAGUUCAGUGACGAAUAAAUUUUAUGUGGUAAGUUACAAAGAUAUCUGUGAUUAUGACUGCCGAGCAGGAUUUUGUGAUUCAUGUAAGGUAUGCAUACACAGAUAUGUAUGUGAAUGUUCGGAAAAUGCAGUGAAAAGUGUACUGUGUAAACACAUACAUGCUGUAUCUCUGCUUGAGCGGAGGAGCGAGUCUGUUUUAGGUAGCCGACAUUCUGAGGAUGACAGAAAUAAUUUAAUUAUGGAUGAGCCUUCAGGAAGUAAGCUGAGGUACCAAGAUGAAUUGAAUCAUUUCAUGCAGGAGAAACAUAAUGAUCAAACAUCGAUAAAUACUGACGAAGAAACAAGAAAGAUUGCUGGAGAGCAAUUUAUUGGAUUUAUCAACAAACUGAGUGGUAAUGAUUUGAACAAAUUUUUAUCAGAAGUAUGGACAUUGAAGAGAAGAAUGGAGAAAGAUACUGAGCAGAUAAGUAAGAAGAGGAAAGUUGAAAAACAAUCUUACUUCCCGAAUAAGAAAUAAUUUCUUCUAAGAACUUACUGUAGAGCUCUCAAGAUGACUAAUUCAACUAUGUAUGUAUGCUUAUUCUGCUAUUUCUAUGGGCUUAGUACUAGCAAAAAAUUUCAUUAUUCAUAAAGAUCAAUAUACUUUACCAGACAGUCCAGACACACACACAGCAUGUCCUCACUAACACCCGGGUAUAGGCAAAAUUGAAGGUGCUAUCUGUGAUUACUUAACUAACUAACUGAAUUAACCAACCAUUGAGACUGUGUAUUAAUGAAUGUGAAAAGUGAUGGAGAAGAUUUAUAACUUUAUGUAUCUUAAGCUAUGUUAGAUUGUCUAUGUUAAUGUUUAGAAUGUAUUGGUGAAAAAUGAUAAUUGUAUGUAUUUUAAGAGGUGAUGGUGAAGAAUAAUAUUUGCAUGCAGCUUAUGCUUUGAA